AUGUUUAUUUAUCAUGGAAUUAUUGACCAGGUCACAUCAAGUCUGGUAGAGUUCAUUGUUAUAGUCCUUCCCUCGAGAGUUGAAGUUGGUUCACCUUUUAUCGUCCUCUGCCAACGUGGGAUCUAUGGCUUGCUGUCUGAGAGUCUUGAUAAAGAUGCUCAAGCUCCCAGUGCUGCUCCUCAAACCUUCGAGGCAGUUAUUGAAACCAUGAGCAUUGCCCUAGACGGAAAAGCGGCCACCUUUACCUCUAAGCAGUUCGGUUUUACGCUGCACCUCCCCAAGGAUAUGACCACACUGCAUCUUAGUUUUCAGAUGGACAGUCAACGACCACCAUUGAGCUGUUCAAUGGCUCUCGCAAUGCACCACCCUCUUUCGGCGGAAAGGUCUAGAGACUAUGUACCGGUCAUAUUCCGUGAACCACUUUAUCUUGCCGAUCAGUUCCAGGGCAACCUUAUUGCAUUGGUGCUCUCACAAAAGAAGCAAGAAGAGGAGGCUUCAAGUCCAAUGCACGCCUGCAUUUGUUGGAAUGGCAAAGUAGCAACUACUGGAGAAACAUCUGCGGUACCUGGGCUGUUUUCGCACACUAAAGAGCUGGAAGUUGGCGUUCAAGCACAAGAUGGAGAGCAAGAACGUGCCUAUUUCUCCCUCACUAACAAAAGCCAUGACUUCCAAGGCAAACUCAGCCAGUGUGCAGACGGAAAGUGCGCUCUCGACCUGUCACUCCGCAUUCGUCAUGGUCUUUCCGGAUCGACGGACUGGACCGUAGCUACUAUUCCGCAACUAGAGAAGCACCAGGAGACUCUUAUGCAGAUGGUUACCGAUUUCAGCAGUAGUGGCACUGUCAUUAUCGAAAAUGACAGCACUGAUGUUGUCUCGUGUACAGUCGAAAGCAGCACUGACGAGCGCUAUACCGAAGCCAUGACUAAUGCAGGCCUCGUCCUUGCCUGCCUUGGGUGCUGGUUCACAGCGCCCCAAUUAGUAGCCGCUGCAGUGGGAGCUGCUGGGUUCUUAAUCACUGCCAAAUCGUGGGUCGAUACGCUGUGGUCAGAUAAUACGUCCAAGACAAUGCUGCUGUACCCACAGGACAAGAUGCAGCAGAUUAUGACAGGGUGGGCCACGAAUUACGAUAUCAUCAUGGUGUUGAAUCAUAUCGAGGAUAAUGGAAAGAGCCUCACGGUGACAAGCUACCGAAUACCCAAAGUAAAAGGUCGCACUUAUAAAGUCACCAUGAUCCCCCAUUGGGGAGGAGUCAAACCAACUGACUUCUUUUCCAUCCCUUUCCGAACACCUCAAAAAAUCCACAAUCGCCGGCUUCUAGGUAUUCGAGGAUUGAUUCCGGACGUGUCGUCUGGUAGCAUGCCUGACUCUCUGUAUGAAGGCGAUGUUGUGAGUUACAACUCCAACGGGGCUCUGCUUGCAUACUAUGAAUCUCGUGACUUCUGGGGAUGGUCCGGAGAUUAUUAUUUCCGUUGCGGACCAGAUGCCGGCCAAAUUGCUAUCGUGCAAGGUGAUAACGUGCAUUUCGGACCUCGCAACAAUGUCCGUGUGUACCACCUCGCAGAGGAUCCUUACACUCCCGUGGUUUACAUGGAAGACGCAGCAAUAGUAUUCGAGGGCCCUGGUAGAAUUCCCCGUAACGAUAUUGGCAGUGCUAAAACGAAUGACGAGGUCUUGAAACUAAUCCAGGCACACCAGCGAAGGUCCAAAUACCCAGAGAACUGGGGAUAUUGCCACGAGUACUGGCAGAAUCCGCCAACGGUGUACGCCUGGAGAUGGACUGCCAAGAACCUUGUGAAAAGGGUUAUUAAUCGAAAUACGUACUUCGUUGUCGGCCCCGAGUCCUGGACGCAUACAGCAAUACUUGAUGGUUGA